GACUGGGUGGCAGUUCCUUGAACUGGAAAGCAGGGAGUUGGUCUGAGCAGCUGAUCCCGUGCAGAUCAGCUCACAACUGGUCUUGGAAAUGCCACACUGGCACUCAAACCGGUCUCCCCAGCACGGUGGCUUAAGAGGAAACCUGCAUUUGCUGAUCCUGAGGACAGGCCGCGUGUGGCUCUGAGCAGGGCUCUGGGAGCAGGCCGCAGGACUGGGCUCACGGCGAGGACAGCAGCAGGGGGAACUGGAAACUCUGCUCCUCCCUUAUCAGGCCAGCCCCAGCAUGCCCCUGGCUCUUAUCAGCCCUGGCAGAGCCAGUUUCUGAUGCACUGAGCCUCUACAGUCCCGUCACAGCGUGCUGCAGGGCCUGGCCCCGCUGCCUCCAGCUUGCGCUUAAAGAGGGGCUGAGAAGCACCUUGUGACACAUGGGGACAAGGCAGGGCAGCGGUGACAGACCUGAAGGGAGGCCAUGCUGGACCUCAUCAUCCUCAGCCUUCAUUUCUUCAUCUGCUUUCUCAUCUUCAUUGCAAUCUGGUAUGGACCAAAGGAUGUGGAUUCACACAGCUCAAGCACAGGAGGAGCUGAAACGCAGCCAGAUGGUCUUAUAUUCAUUGGCAAAGAAGAUGACAUAAAGAAGUCCCAAAGAAUAACACCCAAAAUCGAUGGCAGAGAAAUUGUUGUUUUCUACCAUGAGGGGAAAUUUCAUGCUCUGGAUUCUCGCUGCUACCAUGAAGGAGGCCCUUUGUGUUUUGGAGAAAUAGAGGAUAUCGAUGGACAAGCAUGUAUUGUUUGUCCUUGGCAUAAGUUUAAAAUUGCCUUGGAAACAGGAGAAGGACUGUACAAAGGAAUAAAUCCUCAGGAGCCAUCACCAACACCAAAGUGGCAAUCAAAAGGAGUCAAACAAAGGAUUUAUAAGGUCACAAUAGACAGUGGAAAUGUUUAUGUGAGUCCCCCAGAUUUUUCUGUGAGCUUUGACUCUGAUUAUUAUGCUGAAAAGUACAAACAAGGUGGUGAAUUAGCUAUAGGAAAACCAAGCCGCUCAGAAGACACGGAGUAGGUCAUGGCCAGACAGCCAGAAUCCUGGGGAAUGCACAAAUGAAGAAUCUGUUGGGAAAUAAAAAUGGACUGUGCUAUCAAGAUUGUCUCCAAAUUAAAUUCUAAUAUUGUUAUGUUAAAGCAUUGAAAUACAUAGAAAUGAGUAUGAUAAGAAA